GUGAAGCCCGGGGCAGGUGCCGGUGGGUCGGCAGAGCGGCACCAAAAGCGUUAACCGCCGGCGCCCGUUCGCCUCCCAUUUCCUGCGCAGCUUCUUCUCCUUUUCCUCCUCCCGGAGCCCCGGCCCAAAAUUCGGGCAGCGCCGAUGGCUUGGCGAGCGGCUGCGGCUCCGCUCCUGCUCGGGCAGCUCAGCCUCGUCCCGCUGCCGUUCUCCGGUGUGGGUGCCCAGAACAGUCAGACCUUCAGGCUGCAGCAGCCCCAGGAGCAGCUGUGGGUGACGCUGGGGCAGAUGCUCACCCUGACCUGCACCACGUCUGGAGAUGGCCCCGUUGGCCCCGUGAAGUGGCUGAAGGGCUGGGGCAGUGAGAACGAGACCAUCUAUGACCAGAGGAGCCCCAGCCCCCGCGUGGCGAGGGUGGUGGAUCAAUCCAACACGGACUUCAGCAUCCACCUCAGAGACGUCCAGCCCCAGGACGCUGGCACCUAUUACUGUGUGAAGUACAGGAGGUCUGUGAGCCAAGGUAUUGAGAUCUUCGAGCACGGGAAGGGCACAGUGGUGUCCCUGCACGACACAACCAUGGUUCCUGGCAUGGUGGCUGCAGCUGUAGUGCUCUUCCUCCUCCUCCUCCUCGGCCUCUUGGUCGCCCUUUGCAUGCACCGCAGGAAGCACGGAAGGGAGGCAGGCAGCCAGAGCCUGGCCAGAGCCUGCUGUGCAGAGACCCCCAGCACCACCAGCAGUGAAGUCCUGGAUGCAGAGACCUCACAUCUGCCCAGCCAGCCAGGCAGCAAGGAGGACAGCACCAUCCACUAUGCCGACCUCCAGCCCCUGCCCACGGCUCCGUGGCACGGCAGGAGCCUGGGCACCACCCGCUCCGAGUAUGCCAGUGUCAGGGUAGCUGCCAAGUGAUGUGUGGCACCACAGCCUGCAAGGCCACAGGAGCCAGGGGAGGAAGCAGAGACUGUUCUGCAGGGUGCAAUAAAGAGGUGGAUCUGUU